GCUCGAAACCUCGCGCUGCUUGCCCUACGACCUACGACACCUCAACGCCCUAUCGACAUCAACUGCCCUUACCCCCAUUUGAUAAUAUCCCUCUGUUCACGAUCUCCCUGCUACCAUGAGGCCGUCCCUAUCCCUGCUGGCCAGCGCGUCUAAGCCUUUGCCGCUGUCUGUUUCCCAGGCCUCAAUUCAACUCAUACCCCCAAUUCCACUCUACCGACGAAUCCUCCGUACUCAUCGCUUGCUCCCUGCCGAGAUGCGUUACAUGGGCGAUUCCUACGUCAAAUCCGAGUUCCGUCUCACUCGGUCGACCGACAAUCCCUUGCACAUCAUUGGCUUUCUUUCGCAAUGGAAGUUGUAUCUAGACGAAGUGGAGUCUUCUGUCAUAACUCCCGAUGGUCGAAAAAAGGGAGAAACUGUUCAAUGGAGGGGCAAGAAAUUGGAUGCAGACGCUUUCGAAAGACUCAGUAAAGAGCAAGUCGGGCAGCUCUAUGAGCUCAUGCAUGCCACCAAAGAUGUGUGGAAGUCACCCGAGCAGCUUGCCAAAGAAGCGUCAGCAGCGGACUCCUCAGAGUGAAAGUUGCACCAUGAUGGUGGAAAGGACACUUGCAUAAACACACACGAUGAUCUCAAGAAGACUGUCAGUAUCCGAUAUGUCUAGGACAUACUAGCUUGCAACGCAACGGGGUGUGAUUCUCAUACGUGGCUACAGGGCACCCGCUGCAGUCCGGCCAUUCAGUGAUUGAGUACAGCGAUAUUGCACAAGUCAUUCAGCGCAACUGCAAUUGGUCGGAUGCAUCUGUAACCACAAACACUAGAUUCCAUGAUAUGUAUGAGCACGCACCACGUCAAUCACUGUUCUCCGAUUGCCCCGAUUGUGAUAGCACAAAACUGCUCGCGUUAGUGAGCAUCAUAGCCAGGAAAAGUCGGCUACAGCAGCGAUGGAAGCGUCGUCUGGAAGAGAAAAUUAGACACUUGAAGACUGUUUUUGUACACUGUAAAUGAAUAAAGCUCAGCAGCAGUGUAGCAGCAUCAUACCACUGC